AUGAACGCGCCGACGUCGUGGCUGUUCACGGACACCUCCAGGUACAGCACCCGGUCGCGGGUGCUCUUCAUCGGCCUCUCCUUCGCCAUCGGCCUCGCCACCUUCCUCCUCUACCUCGCCGUCUGGUACGCCUGCCGCACCCGCAGCCAGCGCGCCGAGGAUCCGGAGGCCGGCGGCGCCUCGCCGGGGCCCGAGCGCCGCGGGAUGAGCGACGCCGCCAUCGCCGCGCUCCCGACGUUCAAGUACGAGAUCCCCACCAUCGUCCCGGGGGCCGACGACACGCAGGCUGCGGCGGACUGCGCGGUGUGCCUCGGGCAGGUGGAGGGCGGCGAGACGGUGCGGCGGCUGCCCAAGUGCGCGCAUUUGUUCCACGCCGAGUGCGUCGACGCCUGGCUGCGCGCGCACACCACGUGCCCCAUGUGCCGCGCCGCCGUCGGCCCGGCCGCAGCCGCCGCCUCCAAGAAGGGCGCCACACCGGCCGACGCGGCGGCGACGGUGGAGGCGCUGCCACCUGCCUAG